AUGUCCAAAACGUUAAAGAGAAAGAAGCAUUGGUCUACCAAAGUACAGGAAUGCGCCGUUUCGUGGGGAGGCGGCGGUGAGUUCGGUGCGGUUGUAGAGGUCCUUGGAGGCGCCGAGCAUGGAGAGUUCCCUUUCCUCGGACAGAUGAACCUAGAUGUGCUCGCGUGUCAUGUUGGAAGACUACCGUACUACGGCGACGUUUUAUUGGAGGUGAAUGGGACACCUGUCAGUGGACUUACUAACAGAGACACACAUGCUGUUAUCCGACACUUCAGGGAGCCCAUUCGUAUUAAGACCGUCAAACCAGGGAAAGUGCUGAACACCGAUUUGAGGCAUUACCUCGGCCUGCAGUUCCAGAAAGGAUCACUGGACCACAAGCUGCAGCAAGUCAUUCGAGACAACCUUUACCUGCGCACUAUACCAUGUACUACCCGGCUGCCAAGAGAGGGGGAAGUUCCAGGAGUGGAUUAUAACUUCAUCAGUGUGAGCGAUUUCAGGAUCUUGGAAGAGAGUGGUCUGCUGCUGGAGAGUGGAACCUAUGAUGGCAACUACUAUGGCACACCCAAACCCCCAGCAGAGCCCAACGUGGUUCAGCCCGACCUGGUUGACCAGGUCCUGUUUGAGGAAGAGUUUGGCACAGAGGUCCAACGGAAGCGCACCACUUCUGUCAGCAAGAUGGACCGCAAGGACAGUGUUGUCCCCGAGGAAGAGGAUGAAGAGGAGCGGCCAGCAUUGCCAAACGGCCUUCCAGAGGGAGGUGAAGAGUGGGGGAAGCCAGUGCCCAGCUACAACCAGAGGAGCAACAGUAGUAGCAGUGUUGUCCGUGGAGGAGGAGGUGGUGGUGGGUCUGGUGGAGUAGUUGGCGGGGAGCUUCGCACUUGGAGCUCUCUCCCCAGAGACGACAGCCUUGAACCCCUGCCAUUCAACUGGGAGAUGGCCUACACUGAAACUGGAAUGGUCUAUUUCAUUGACCAUAACAGCAAAUCUACAACAUGGCUGGACCCUCGCCUUGCCAAGAAGGCAAAACCUCCUGAAAAGUGUGAAGAUGGAGAGCUUCCAUAUGGCUGGGAGGAGAUCGAAGAUCCACAGUAUGGCACAUACUAUGUGGAUCACAUAAACCAAAGAACUCAAUUUGAGAACCCGGUUUUGGAAGCAAAGAGAAAACAUGCAGAGGAAAGUGCAGCUGCAGCACAAAGCCAAAAGGGGGCAGCACCUGCUCCAGGUGCUGAGGGGGUUAGUCUGGGCUUCACCCGUGACCCCACCCAGCUGAAGGGCGAGCUGUACCACACUGCCCUGCGGAAGGGAGUCCAGGGCUUCGGCUUCACCAUCAUCGGCGGCGACAGGCCUGACGAGUUCCUGCAGGUGAAGAACGUCCUGGCGGACGGUCCAGCCGCACAGGACAACAAGAUGACCUCUGGUGAUGUGAUCGUGGAGAUCAAUGGCAUGCUGGUCCUGGGUAACACACAUGCUGAAGUGGUGCACAUGUUCCAGUGCAUCCCCGUGAACCAGUACGUGGACAUGGUCCUUUGCCGGGGCUACACUUUGCCGGUGGACGUGGACACGGAUGGGGAGGAGCUCCCGCCGCCGCCACUGCCCCCACCCCCUCCGGUAGUGCAGGGGGAGGCGGCGCAUGGCUCCCCGCGGGCCACACGCUACGGCACCCCUGAGGAGGCCGGCCCCGCUGAGGGUGGCAUGCUGCAGCCCGAGCUGGUGAGCGUGCCGCUGGUGAAGGGCCCCGGUGGCUUUGGCUUCGCCAUCGCCGACUGCCCGCUUGGCCAGAAGGUGAAGAUGAUCCUGGACGCGCAGUGGUGCCGCGGCCUGCUCAAGGGUGAUGUCAUCAAGGAGGUGAACCGGUGCAACGUACAGGCGCUCAGUCACGCACAGGUGGUGGAUCUCCUGAAGGAGCUGCCCGUGGGGAGCGAGGUCAACUUACUGGUGCUCAGAGGAGGUCACACUUCCCCAGUGAAGAGUUUAAGACCAAGACAAGAAAUGAGCACCAGCCUGGAGACUCUAGAGCGUUGCCAUGACGCUGGAGUUCCCCAGGCACUCACCUAUUACUCAAGCACAUUGCCUUGUAGCUCACCCAGACGAGACCACGCCCCCCGCCAACCCAAGGCUAAAACCACAGUUAACAAUACUUUGGCUCAAUAUAAAGAGCUGGAUGUGUUUAUAAAGAGAGACCAGGAGACUGGAUUCGGCUUCCGUGUGCUUGGUGGCGAGAGACCUGAGCAGCCAGUUUACAUUGGCGCCAUUAUCCGGCAGGGGGCAGCGGAGAAGGACGGACGACUGCGCGCUGGUGACGAGCUCAUGGCCAUUGACGGCAUCACGGUGAAGGGGAAAUCCCACAAGCAAGUGCUGGACCUGAUGACCAAUGCUGCACGCAACGGGCAGGUCCUGCUGUCCGUCCGCAGGAAGGUCGUCUUCAGGGAGGUGACUGAUGAUCCUGGGCUGCAGACCACCGUGGCACCAGUGCUGGUGAAUGGUUCUCCCAGAAUCCGCCAUGGCCAGCCCCUUAUUGGCCUCGACCAUGAGUCGUUUGACAUCACGCUCCAUCGCAAGGAUAACGAAGGCUUUGGCUUUGUCAUCCUCACUUCAAAGAGCAAGCCCCCACCUGGAGUGAUCCCUCACAAGAUCGGCCGCAUCAUCGAGGGCAGUCCAGCUGACCGAUGUGGUCUGCUGAGCGUGGGUGACCGCAUCUCGGCCGUUAACGGCCACUCCAUCAUCCAGCUCUCUCACAACGACAUUGUGCAGCUUAUCAAAGAGGCUGGCAGUGCUGUCACGCUCUCUGUGGUUCCUGAGGACGAAUACAAAGGCCCACCCUCAGGGGCAAGCUCAGCCAAACAGAGUCCAGCACUGCAGCACAGGAUACUGAAAUCUGCCACACAGGAAGAGAGGUAUAAUCUGGACACAGAAGAUACCAGGGAUGAACUGGCCUGGGCAGAAUAUAAAACUCUCCCCAUGAGCGAGAAAGGAACACUGUGUGUUACAGGCUCCAAACAGGGCUGCAUUCUGGUAGAGCUUGAGCGUAGCCCUCGUGGCUUUGGCUUUAGUCUGAGAGGUGGGACGGAGUAUAACAUGGGCCUCUACAUCCUGCGACUGGCUGAGGAUGGCCCUGCCCUCCUGGAUGGCAGGAUUCAAGUUGGAGAUCAGAUAGUGGAGAUCAAUGGAGAGCCCACACAGGGUAUCAGUCACACCAGAGCAAUAGAACUGAUCCAGGCUGGAGGAAACAAAGUGCUGCUCCUUCUUAGACCUGGACAGGGGCUGGUGUCUGACAACAACUCUGAAACAACAGAUCCAAAAGUCUCUUCAACUUUAAACUCUCCAGAAGAUGUUUUCCUCUCCAAAACAUUGCCAUCUGAUGCUUUGCCAUUUUCGUUCUCUUCACCUCUUGUGCAAUCGCCCUCACCCUCCCCCUCCCCCUCCUCGGGAAAGAAGGAGAACAGGGCAUGGAAGAGCUCCUCUGCACUCUAUCCAAGCAUUUCUGAGUCUGCAUCUAGUCUGCCUCCUUGCUCUAAAGAGAGCAGCAAAGGGAUGAGUAACAAAUCUCGAGACCCUGCAUCUUCCACCACCUCAAAGCCCAGAUAUUUUCAGAGAGGUCAAUCUAGAGAACACAACUUUGGAAAUACAAAAAAACAUAGUGAAAAGAAGCUUAAUAGUCCAUUUAAAACCAAAGAUGAAUUUCAUAACUCCCAUAACCCCAGAGAUUAUCUACCACAAGGUGCACACGAGUCCAACAGGCACAACAAAACCCAACCCAGGAAUUUAAAUGUGCAGGAACAGAAUUUGACAGCCAAGGAGACAAAGAGGGAACUAGAGGAAAGUUGGUCAAAAAGGACAUCUCGAAGGAGUGAAAAGAAAGAAGGCAAUGAGUGGGAAGAAUGGGACUAUACCAGAGAAAGCAAGAUAAACAGCAAAGACAGGGACACAACAGAAAGGAGUGUAAAGAUAGGGGCAAGGUUAGAAGAAGGGGCAGAGCUAAAAAGAAAGUUGAGAAGGAAAACACAACCACAAGGAGAGGAACAAAAUGGAAAUGGCACAAAAUACACAGACAAGAGGAGUAGUGGCCACCAUAGACACGAAGAAGAGAAUAGAAUUCAGGAGAGAAAGUGUAAAGAAUUACUCAUCCCUCUGAGUGAUUCAAAGGGAAUAACUGAUGAGGAAAAGAGGAAUAUAUAUAAGACAGUGGUUAAGCAAAGAGAGGGCUGGAAUGGACACAAAGAAGAAAUGACCACUAAAGAUGCAGCAGAGAGCCCAAGGGCAAAGUCAACCCUAAGCAAACAUGAGCAAACUAACCCUGGUUUCUGGAAGGUGCCCAGCUCUGCUCGCAUUCUUACUCAUGAAGAGGUAAUGCGUGAUUUUUACAGGUAGUUAAAGCAUGUACUCUACUCACUGGACAAAUUUUAACUGCUGCCUCUCCAAUGAUGUCCACUCUUAGCUUUGGCUUGAUUACAGAUUGGAUCUGUUCUGGCAAGUCUUACACCGCUGUCAUGUUUACAAGGCUACCCUAUCUGUUGUCUUCUGACUGACACACGUCUGCUGUAGUGUACACUGGGAUUUGGUUAGCUUUCACAGAGACCAUAAUUGCUGAUUUUGUUAUAGACAGGAUGGGUGAAAGCAGCCAAAAUGGAGUUGCUGCUAAUCUGCUUUUGCCCGAUCCACAAUGAGCAAUUUGCUUGGGGGACACUUUGAAUGAAACAGCUAUUCCUUGCAAGGUUUCUGUUUUUCACAAGAUACCAUUCUGCACCCUUUCCCUCAUUCAUCUUCUGAUUUAUGCCAGUAGAUAGUAGUUCUCAAAAAAGCUUUGAAAAAGUAUGGACUCCACUACAGAUCACUGUACACUUCACUCAUAUGCAACAAAAGGGACUGCCACCUAGGGGGUCCAAAAGUGUGAACCUGACUUUUGGUUUUUCUACUCAUUCAGGACUCACAUUGCCCACUCACCUAACCCAAAGAGUAUCCUUUUACUGCAUGCAAAAAAAAACCUUCAUCCCCUCAAGUCACAUUGUCGCAUGCCUUUUUCAAUGGCAGGAAAUUAUGUCCAUCAACCAGACUCUUAUUAGCAGAAGUUUUGAGGCUACAAAGUGUAUGAACUCAACUAGCUUUACCCCGGACUUCUGUAGACUGGACAUUUGUCUUUAGCACGCACGAAUUCUUGAUCUUCAAAUCAUAUUAUCGCAAAAGACCAGAAA